CAGCGACACUGCUGUGUAGCAAUAUAGACAUGUAUAUGUUUGAGCAUUAUAUAAUGACACACCCACACACACACACAUAUAUGUGUAUAAGUAUGUAUAAGUUACAAAAUGAAGACAAGAUUUCACUGCCAGUUCACUUCACUGUUCACACAGACACACAGUUCAAUUGCAGGCUAUAUGAGUCCCCUGUUGGUAAGGUAGACAUCGGCCAGAGUUUCAGGUCCCCACUUGGCAUGUUUUUUUAAAAAUAAAAAAAUGCAUAUUUAAAGUCAUAUUAUGAAAAAAGACCUUAAAAGAGAAUUUUGUACGUCAUUUUUGUUUCUUCAAAAUGACCAGAAACACUAGUCCCCUCUUGGCCAGUGUAGAGCGAUAGUCCCCUUUUAGUAAUAUAGACGUGUAUGUGUGUGUGUGUGUGUGUGUGGUAGAUAGCAUCGCUGGAGCAGUGUGAGACGCGGUUACGCUCAGAGGUUCGAGAUACGCUGGAUCAGAACGAGCUGCUGGAGUUCAGGAUCCUGGAGCUGGAAGAGAGGGAACGGCGUUCUCCUGCCUUUAACCUGCAAAUCUCUGCCUCUGAAAACAACAGUAUCCUACAGCUACACUGCCAACAAGAGGGUGUCAAGGAUGUCAUCAUUCCUGACCUCAUGAAAAAGCUCGACAUUCUUGGCGAUAAUGGGAACUUGCGAAACGAGGAGCAGGUGACAGUAAUUCAAGCCGGCACUGUGCUGUCUUUAUGUGAGAAGUGGCUGAAGCAGAUCGACAGCACCGAAGCUGCGCUGACGCAGAAAAUGAUUGAUCUGGAGAAUGAGAAGGAGCUGUUCAGUAAACAGAAAGGGUUCCUGGAAGAGGAACUGGACUACAGGAAGCAAGCUCUUGAUCAUGCCCAACUGAGGGUGCAGGAGCUGGAGGCGACUCUAUACUCCGCCCUCCAGCAGGAUCCUGACAGCUGUGUGGGCGAGAGUUUGAGUGACAGGCAGAGAGCACAGCUGGCCGAGUCCAUGGAGGCGGUGCGGAGACAGAUUCUGAGGCAGAGUCGCCAUGCCGACACGCUAGUGCUACAACAACGCAUGGAGCUGCUCCAGUCUGCACAGCAGAGGAUCAGAGAGCUUGAAGAUAAGAUUGACAUGCAGAGAAGACAGAUCAAAGAGAUUGAAGAGAAGUUUUUGUUCCUUUUCUUGUUUUUCUCCCUAGCAUUUAUUCUCUGGCCUUAACACACAACAAAACCCACCCUCAACACUCUCACUGUCACUCUCUCUCUCUCUCUCUCUCUCUCUCACACACACACACACAGUGUCUCUCUCUCUCACACACACACACACACACACACACACACACACGGGUGCAGUAUCUAAAUGUAAGAUACAAACUUAAACUUUGGUGACAGACAUUCCUCAGUUGUACAAAAUCAUGUUUUUAAAUAUUUUAUGAAAUGUUUCCAAAGAGAAACAUUUGUAUUUCAAAAGUUCCAGUUGAAGCAGCUUAAUAUUGUUUUGUCUGAUUGAAAAUAGUGUGAACAAAUAUAAAUAUAAAUGAAAUGCACCCUAAAUAUUUGUUAACGUAUUUAAAGACACUUCAACACCUGUCAGACUGCUUUUAGUUUCAAUAAAUAAAGUUGUAUUUUUUUCACAUG